AUGUUCCAGAGGAAGGGUGGGGUAAAGCAGGGAAACCGGCAGCGGAAAAUCCAUACCCAAGGCGGCAGCAAAGGUGAAUUAGCGGGUCCUGAUUUUGGAGAAGUGGAUAAGGUGACGUGUACAUCCGAUCCAAAGGAUGAAGACACGCAGCGGACAGCUAAUUCGCAGCUACUCUCCACAACGGUGGAUUUUAGUCACGGUGAGGAGAAUUCUCCUUUCGAAAACUCCGUCUCCGGGAGCACGGACGUCUUCUUUCCUGGAGAACUUGUGGUGUCGCACAUUCCUCUUUCAGUAAGGAGUAGCAUUGUGGCACGGAGUAGUUUACACACGGGAAACGUCAAACUGAACUCCGUGGACAGCGAGCGCUUCGUUGGGUUUAGUGGGGAUAGUGUAUGUGUAUUUACUCCAGUGAAACCGAUGUCGGAACUGGGCGGCGAUUCCUCGUGGAUGCUGCACAGCAAGUCUUCACCACGGAUGCAGCCGGAGAGUGCCCCGCACCACAGCGGCGGUGGCCGAAAGCCGAAACCACCCCCCCACCAGCUCCACGCGGAGGAAGGUAAUUGCGGAAUCCUGAACGAGCCCAGCCCCACGUCGUCAUCCUCGUUGCCGUUCUCGUCAGCGUUGGCCCGACCAUUUCCGCCCCCUAGGGGCCAUAGAAAGGACGGCACCAAGGCGUUGGGUGGCGACACAAAGGCAUCUCCUGAGACGGCACCAGGGGUAUUGCCUUCGACGACCCUCAUUGCGUCAUCGCGGCGAGUGUCGUACGGAUCCUUCAUGCGGAGCUCCCGCUCCGCACCACUGUCGAUGAUGUUAUGGAGCAGCCGCGCGGAGCCGGAGGCGGCCCCCGAGGAGGGGUGCCCCCUGCGGCGGUUCUCGGGACGUUCAGGGAGUCCAUUGCACAAGGUCGCCUCCCACCCGCACGACUGCGAGCUGGGGCGGCAGAGCGGCAGCAGGGGCGGUGAGGUGGCGCCACCCGUCCGUGCGCUGCCGUCCUCGCGUUCGGGGCGCUACCCCUCAUUGCCUGAGAAGCAGCAGCAGCAGCAGAAACCACUGCGGUUGAAGGCAUCCGAAGCACCCGCCCCUGUGGCACACCUGAGCAUGAGGCGGUGCGACGCCGCCGCGUUCCACUCCAUCGCGUCGAGUGCGCUUCCCGGUGACGUCAGGGAUGUGAGCGAGGGGUCUUUGGCGGGAGCGGCCGUGUGGGAUUGGCAAUUCUGCGCCUUGCCAACUUCCGGGGCGGAUCGUGCCGUGCCGCUACUCCAAUCGAGGGGCUUCGGCGCUAUGUUGAGGCCGUGCUGCAGUGAUGAGAAGGAGCUGUUCACCCCGCUCGUCCCGUUCCACAGCGGCGUAUGUGCGUGCGAAGGGCAGGAUGGUGACGAUGCGUGGGAGGUGGCGGACCUGGAGGCGAGCGGGUCCAGCGACACUACAUUGUCUCUCUUGGAAGCCUAA